AUGUCGAAUCUCUCUUCGCGUGGUGUACGCUUUUCUAACGGCGAGGCUGAGCCGAACGGAGAGGAUCUUAAGAACCACCUGCCGGCGGUGGUGCCCACAGAGUCAGCAGACUCACCCCCCGACUCGCAGAACGGGGAGGAGCCCCACGCCGGUGAACUCGACGAUGAGCUCGGAGAGCUGGGCUACUACUCGGACCCAGGCAACGGCCCGGUGGCGUCGUUGCCGGCGGGCACCAUAGUCAAUGGCAUAAGCAAGAGUCAGCGCAGCAGCGGUGGGGGCGACGAUGCUCCUUCGUCUCACGGCAAUGCCGCUCGUCCUCAGCGGCCAAUGGGACCGACCAGGACACCUUCCAAUACAUACAACCCCGCGACGUCCCGAAAGCCUGGGAUGCCACCGACGACACCGUCCUUUGUCGAGACGAUGCGGUCGGCAUCAAAGACCCGACACAGGCAGAGCGAGAGCCGAUUCCGAGCGCAGGAGCGAGCCUAUGUGCAGAAGCUCAGGCAAGACAAUGGCGGGGAAUACUUCUCGACCUCGUCGUCCUACCAGAACAUGGCGUCAGGCAACGAUUCGGAUUCCGAGGGAGAUACGCCCUCGACAGAGGGCCCGUUCGACGACCCCUACGAGCAAGAAACCAUCAUGUUCUACGGAAACGAGGAUCUGCAACCCUCUGAGGAGGAUUUGCAAGAUGCUGAGUCACGGGAGCGCUUAGAGUGGCACGGCAUGCUGGAGGCUGUGUUGACUGGCGACGUGGUGCGGCAAGAGAAGAAGCGCCUCCACAGCUCAUCCGACGAGGCGGCUAGCAAGACCGCCCAGGUCUGGGAGUUGUGGCUCGGCAUCCGAUCCAAGGUGUGUGGGCGUCACCUGCCGGUGCAGAGGCGCAUGGUGGAGGAGGCACGCGCCGCCCUGGACCGCACCAUUGACGAGAUUAUCAAUUUUUCGGUCAAGGGGCAGAGCGAGGUUGGGAAACCCCCGCACGAGCAGGUCAAGGACAUUGUCAAGAAGAUUGAGAAGUGCGAGAGCCUCUACCCAUCGUGGCGACUGCUCGCCACCCGUCACAAGGCUGCCGACUCGCCCCUCUUCCACGAGGCAUACGACACCAUCUUGGCUUGGUACAACACGAACGAAAUGAUCAACACGGAACUGGCGAUCCUGAAGAAAUGGGUCGGCAACGACGACCUCGAUUUCCACCUGACCAAGCAGCGCUCGCCCGCGGUGAACGGCAUCAGCAGCGACGAGACCUCGUUCGUCGACAGGCUCAUGAAGGAGGAUGGCCUCCAGUCGCUCUACGACGACACGGAAGGCUCCACGCAGCAGGGCAUGCUUCGACCCAUCUCGGCUAUUAUCCAAAAGGCCAAGGAGACCCUUAUCAGCAACUCGGCCACAUUCUCGAAGCGCCACCUGCCUCCGUAUCUGGAGGACCUCUUGACCCUGAUCAGCUUUCCGUCUCGCCUCAUUGAGGAGAUCACCAAGACACGACUGGCGUACGCGAGACGGGUGAAGGAGACCGCCCAGCAGAACCCGUUGAUGCAAGGGCAGAUGAUUGCGCAGUUCCAGCUCCUCCUCAAGUUCGCGAUCCGUAUCAAGGGCGAAUUUCUGGCGAUCGCACAGCCCGAGCCUGGAUGGGACCUGCCCCCGUUCAUCGACGAGUCGCUGGACCAGGUUGUGCUGGACGCACUCAAGUACUACUUCAAGAUGCUGAACUGGAAGCUGAGCGGCAACAAAAACACGUUCAAGGAAGCGGAGCUGCUGUUCCAGGAGUGGGACUUUGCCAACGACAUUGGCAACCAUCUGCACCGGGGCAACAUCCAGGUGGCGGAGCAGUUUAGUUCACUGACCUUCAAGGCGCUGAACCGUCUGAGCCAGACUUUUGAGAAGGAGCUGCAGGUCAAACCCAAGGAGAGCCCGGCCGAGAUGAGCAAGCGCUACAAGGCGUGCCUGGACUCGGUGCGCAUCCGACAGCGCAUGCUGCAGCGGUUCACCAAGACGCUGAGCAACAAUUACGAGAAUGCGUCCGACUGGAGCAUCUCCUUCUCGCCCGAGCGCAUGCGAAAGUUCUAUGACCAGCUGGCGGCGACGGGGCAUUUCCACGUCAACACGAACCUCUUUGAGGCGGACGGCCUGUACGUCGUGGCCUCGCCCGAGCUGCGGGACCGGCUGGACGACAUACAGGAGAUGAUGGCCGUCACGAACAUGGAGCGGUUCCCCGAGGACUUCGAGGAGCACUACCUCCUGAUCCUACGGCCAGAGGACACGUUCAACUGGUUCAGCGAGACGGUGGUCGUGCCGCUGCAGUACCAUAACCUGGAUAUCAAGGUCGGACAGGCCCGCCUCUGCGCCGUCUCCUCCAAGGCGCUGCCCAACGCGCGCAAGGCCUUCCUCGAGGCCGUGGACAUGCAUGUAGACCUGGUUCAAGAAUCCAGGCCGAAUAUUCACAAGGUCCACACGAAGCUCAUGGAGAUCCGCAGGGUCAUGUACAGGCUGUCCAACACGUUCAUGGACAGUGUGGAGGCCAUCCGCAGGCAGGUGGAGGGCAAGGGCUGCCAGGAGCUGGUGCAGACGUGCUUCCUGUUUGCGACCGAGUUUGGGCGUCGGUCUCUGGUGGCCAUGGACAGCAACCGGCGGCAGAUGAACAAUCUGAAGCUCACCAAGCUGGCGCUCGACUGGGUCAGCUUCAUCUGCGACGACUGCAUCGCGUCGGACCGCAAGACCUUUCGAUGGGCCGUGCAGGCGCUCGAGUUUGCCAUGGGCAUGACCCACGGCCGGCACAUCCUCGCGCUCGGCGACCCCGAGUACGCGUUACUACGUGACCGCGUGGCCGGCUGCAUGUCGCUUCUCAUCUCGCACUUUGACAUUAUGGGGGCGCGCUCGAACCUGGCGGCGCAGGCGGAGAAGGACAGGAUCGAGGCCCUCGUCGGGCAGUUCCGGCGGCUGGAUAAGAACAGGAUGCUGGACGACGAGGAGGCGUCCCGGUGCAUCACCGAAGCGCGGCUCGAGGAGCUGGAGAGACUGGACAGCUUCCGGCGCGAGAAGGAGGCGGAGCGGCAGGCGCUGGGCCGGGUGCUCGAGGCAAACACGGAGGCUGAUCGCUCGCUGGCGUACCUGUCGUCCUCGGCAACGAACAUUACGAUGCGCUGGCAGCAGGGCCACUUUGUGGGAGGGGGGACAUUUGGCAAUGUGUACGCGGCUAUGAACCUCGACUCAGGCCAUCUGAUGGCAGUCAAAGAGAUCAGACUGCAAGAUCCCAAGCUCAUCCCAACCGUGGCGGAGCAGAUUCGCGAGGAAAUGGGUGUCCUCGAAGUGCUGGACCAUCCCAAUGUGGUAUCGUACUACGGCAUCGAGGUGCACCGCGACCGCGUCUACAUCUUUAUGGAGUUCUGCUCGGGCGGGUCGCUGGCCAAUUUGCUUGAGCACGGCCGCAUCGAGGACGAGCAGGUCAUCAUGGUGUAUGCGCUGCAACUCCUGGAAGGUCUCGUGUAUUUGCAUGAGAGCGGCAUUGCCCAUCGAGACAUUAAGCCGGAGAAUAUCCUGCUGGACCACAACGGCAUUAUCAAGUACGUGGACUUUGGCGCUGCCAAGGUGAUUGCUCGGCAGGGUCGCACCCUUGCCGCCGACGUGACGGCGACGAAGCCCAACAAGUCGAUGACGGGCACGCCCAUGUACAUGUCACCCGAGGUGAUCAAGGGCGAGAACCCCGGGCGGGCCGGGGCUGUCGACAUCUGGUCUCUGGGCUGCGUGAUUCUGGAGAUGGCGACGGGACGCCGACCGUGGGCCAACCUCGACAACGAGUGGGCCAUCAUGUACAACAUUGCGCAGGGCAACCCGCCGCAGCUCCCCUCGCAGGAGCAUCUCAGCUGGUCAGGUAUCGACUUCCUCAAGAGGUGCUUCGCGCGGGAUCCCAAGCGACGGUCGUCCGCCAAGGAGCUGCUCCAGCACGAGUGGAUCAUGACCAUCCGCAACCAGGUCGUCGAGCCCUCCACGCCGAGCGAUGGCGGCAGCUCGAUGCAGUCAACGCCCAUCACGUCGUCGAGCAGGAGCAGCGCGGGCCAAGACGGCUUCUACUAG